AUGAAUGCCUCAGAAGAGUGGGUCUCAGAUGAAGCAAGAGCUGCAAAUGAGGUGCGCCUGAUCAUGAUCCUUGACGAGGCAGGCUGGGCUACUGACCAGUUCGGGCUGAUAACCAACUUUUUUCUCUGUUUGAUGCAGGCCGAGCUGGAUUGCUUCCAAAAUAGGGCCCGUUUUCUCACCGACUACUAUCGGUAA